AUGGAAACAGAUCAUAGUUUUCGCGUUAACAGUGAAUAUUUAGGCCAACACAAAUCAAAGAUGGUUACAAUAGUUGGCAGGAUAGUUGACAAGAGCUCAGAUCCAUAUAUUAUUUCUACAACGGAUUCAAAAAGCGUCCGUGUACAUAAGAACCCAUCAUUAAACGAUAAGCGCUUUAGUGCAGAAUGGAUCGAAGUUACAGGCCGUGUUCAGGAGAAUCUUGAUAUUGAAGAGAGUUCUGCUAUUCCAAUUACUUCAAAGAUUGAUCCAGAAGCAUGGAACCAAAUGGUCAAGCUUUCUCAUAAAUUCAAGGAAAUCUUUUAA